GGACCUGGGUGUGGGAGGAGUGAAGAACUCUCCAGGCAGUGUGGGGCUGCAGCUCUUAGUCAGUUCUAAGCCAUCUGUCAGGUGCAGCCUGGAGCAAGGGCUCAGAGCAAUCAUUCCCUGUCCAGUUAAGGCUAAGCCUCAUUUGUGGAAAUUGACGCUGUUCUGUGCUUCACUGGAAAACUGGGCUUGGAAAUCUGACAAAGUUUUAAAAAAAAGAAGGAACUUUCAAAAUACACCGUUCUUCUCAAGCUCUGACAUCAGGCAGCACAGAGAGACUGUCGUUAAUUCCGAUCCCUAUAGACAGAAAGUGCCCCAGAGAGGAGCAGAAGCAGGUUCCUGUUAUCCCCUCUCUGGAUGGACAGUCCCAGUGUGAGAGAAACUCAGAAACAGACAUCAGUAUCAAUUGAAAAAGGCAACAUGAAGGACUCUGAGAAGCCACAUGCUGAGGACAAAAUCUGCUGCAUUUCCAAGCUGAAGGUAUUUCUGCUGGCACUGUCACUUGCAUUCCUUGGGAAAACUAUGUCUGGUGCUUACAUGAACAGCAUGUACACACAGAUAGAGAAACAAUUUAAUAUCCCAGCUUCUUUGGUGGGCAUCAUUAAUGGAAGCUUUGAAAUUGGUAACUUGCUGCUGAUAGCAUUUGUGAGUUACUUUGGUGCAAAGCUUCACAGACCCAGAAUAAUUGCUUUGGGCUGCACAAUUCUGUCACUGGGAUGUCUUUUGAUAUCAGUUCCUCAUUUUCUGUUUGGAAGGUAUCGUAUUGAAAGCAGCAUCUCACAACGGGAAAAUUUUUCAGUGAUGCCUCUAUGCCUUGUCAAUCAAAGCUUGUCCUCUUUGCCUACAGAGGAACCAUCAACAGAAUGUGAAAAAGAGCCUGGGUCCUUGCUGUGGAUAUUUGUGAUGGUUGGAAACAUAGUACGAGGAAUGGGUGAAACUCCCAUCAUGCCUUUGGGCAUUUCCUAUUUGGAGGAUUUUGCCAAAGCAGAGAAUUCACCUUUCUACCUGGCAUGUCUGCAUACAGCAACUGUAGUCGGCCCCUUCCUUGGUUUACUGUUGGCUUCAUUCUGUGCAGAGCUGUUUGUUGACAUUGGAUCAGUAAGUGCAGAUGAGAUAACUAUAACAGCUACUGAUGCCCGCUGGGUUGGAGCAUGGUGGCUGGGCAUUUUGAUUUGUGCACUGCUGAAUCUUCUCGUGGGAAUACCAUUUUGGUUUUUGCCCAAGUCACUUGUGAAGGAAGGUGAAACCAAUGAACCUGAGGAGACAAGUGAAAAAAGAGUAACACCAUUGCAAGAAAAUGAUAAAAAUGGAACCAAACAGACCAUGUAUGAAAUUGCUAAAGAUUUCAUCCCCUUCCUCAAGGCUCUGUUUCACAACCCCGUGUAUAUGUUAUUUAUAUGCAUAACUGUGUUACAGUUCAGUGCCUUCGAUGGCAUGAUAUCCUUCAUGCCCAAAUAUCUGGAACAGCAGUUUGGAAAAUCUGCAUCAGAUGCCAUCUUUUUAAUUGGUGUUUACAACUUACCAGUUCUAUGCGUUGGGUAUUUUUCCGGAGGCUUAUUCAUGAAGAAAUUCAAGAUAAAUAUCUAUCAGGCUGCGAACAUAGCGUUCUGGGUAUCUUUACUGGAAUACCUUCUCUACUUUGCUGCCUAUUGGACUGUCUGUGACACCUCACCAGUUGCUGGUCUAACAGUUUCCUAUCAAGGAAUAGAACAAGUUUCAUAUGCUGAAAAUACUCUACUGGCUGGAUGCAACAUGGAUUGUGAUUGCCCACUUAAAAUAUGGGACCCUGUUUGUGGGAACAAUGGAAUCACUUAUGUGUCACCUUGUCUUGCUGGGUGUAAAUCCUCAAGAGGAACUGGAAGAAGUGUGGUAUUUGAAAACUGCACCUGUGUCGCAGCCUCAGGGUUUUCAUCUCAAAACAUCUCUGCAACUCUGGGCCAGUGUGAUGGACAUGAAAACUGUGACAAGAUGCUCCAUUAUUUUUUAAUAUUGACAUUAGUCUGCAGCUUCAUUUUUUCCUUAGCAGCCAUGCCUGGAUACAUGGUCUUAAUAAGGUCUCUAAAGCCUGAAGAGAAAUCAUUUGGAGUGGGUAUCCAUGGACUGGCUUCAAGAGUAUUUGCUGGAAUUCCAUCUCCCAUUUAUUUUGGAGCUUUGAUAGAUACCACUUGCUUGAAGUGGGGUACUAUGACUUGUGGCGGAGAAGGAGCAUGUAGGAUGUAUGAUAUUGUCACAUACAGGUGGCUCUAUCUUGGCCUGCCAGCAGUGUUACGUGGAGUGUCCUACAUCCCAAGUACACUAAUUCUCCUCCUUUUAAAGAAGAAACUGAAAUCUGAAAAGCCAAUCUUAUUGAAUGCACCAAUAGAAAUGCAGGAUAAAGAACAAGAAGCAGUGAAAUAGCAUUUCACAGAAGGACAUGUUGGGGAAAAAACAUUGCACUGUAAAUAUUGGAUAUAUCCUUGUGAAGAAUUUUGUACUUUAACUAACGAACACUUGGACAGAGAUUAAUAGAAUUACACGUAGUUUUAUCCUAAUUAUAUUAUAAAAGUAUCAGUUUGUAAACACAAGGCAUGGGAAAAAAUGUGUUUGGUGCAAAAGAAAAAGGACUAGAAAUAAGAAAACUUAUGAAAUGCCAGGUUUGAGUUCUCUGAGCAAAGGGCUAUGAAGCAGAAACAUAUGCAUUCAGACCUGGUUCACUGAAAAUAGAGAGAGUUUUGUGUUUGACUCCAGGUGAUGCCAGAUUUCAUCUUGGAAUUCUCCCACGGUUUCUGUCAGAGUCUCUCUCAUUGACUGUAGACAGGAUUUGUGGCUUCUUCAGGCCCCAUUUUCCAUAUUAUUUAAUGAUAUUAUUCGUCCUUUCAGGCAGGGAUUAUUUGUUAUUCUGCAUAGUACAGGUGGUCAAAAUACUGGAAACCUGGUUUAUGACAUGUCUGAGUGUUUUGGCAAUAAUAAUAAAUUUAAAAAUUACAUUUUUAAAAAAUGCCGUGUUAUGGUGAUGUUUCAAGAUUUGCGUAGAGCAUUGACAAGGAAAGGUCAUCAGGAUUCGUUACUUCUGUUACCUGCUGCCCUGGGAUGUCUUAAAUAUUUAAGGAAGAAACCCUAAAUGUCUCAAGUAAAAAAAAAGUAAAGGAAACCCUGCUGAUAAAAGUCAUACAAGGUGUCUCUGUGGUUUAGUGCAUCCAUGUUUAGCAUCUGAUUUGGCACUGCCUCUUAUUUGGCCCCAGUGCAAAGAACCCUUAGGUCUGUCUGCCAGUGUCCAUGCCAUGACUUCCUGAGGCUUUUUAUUACAGGUCCUGGUUAUUAUUCCCUACUGGAUAAGGCAUGGAGGGAGUUUGUGGAAUGACCACAGACCAAUGCUCCAGCACCUGCAAAUAUUUCCUACUUAUUUAUUCUAUAUGGCACAGACCUGCUCCCAUUCAAACCACCUGGGGCCUUCUGCAGCCACCAAAAAAAGGGAAGGGUAUUUUGCCACAGUAGUUCAUUAGUUCAGUUACAAUCUCUUUGCUUCAAGGUGUCUUAUUGAUACCAUAUGUGUGUGUGCUUGGAAUUGCUUCCUGUCCUUGUGGAAUCAGUGAGAAAAGAUCCAUUUCCUCCCACAGAGCGGGAAAUCAGCUUCAGAAUUUGGAGUUUCUUCAAAUAAAAGUGAUCCUUAAAACUAAUUCUUUUGAAAAGAUGUCAUAGUCCCUGUCUCCCUGAGCAGGUAUAACAUGGGGAAGGGGAAUGGAAGAAAGAUAAACAUGAUGCAGUCAGGAACAGAGCAGAACAGAUAAUUCAGCUCCCUAUUUAACCACAGAUCUCCCAGAAGCUUUGCGGACAUCUGAAGCUGAUUUUGAGCAUUGCUCUUGCUAGCAUGGGGUACUCACUGAAAGCCAUCAUUCUUCCUUGUGGUUAUAUUCUUCCAAAGCUGGAGUUAAAAAUCCUUUACAGACAUUUAGUCACAGCUUGGUGCCAAGGUAACCUGGGAAACAUGAAAAGUUACAGAGCACCAGAAUUUCACAGCUGUGGGAAACAAAAGGACUUUGUUAAGUAGGCAAAUCUGUGCCACAUAAAUAGAGCACUGCCAAAGGGUCAGACCUAGUUAACUCACUGUGUUUUGAAGUGGAAGGAAGCAGAUAGGAACGUUUCCAAGUUUUAAAAUUAGCAUUUCAGCAGGAACAUUUCCAAGUCUUGAAUUUAGCAUUUCAGUAGAUAUAUUAAUGUUGUGUUUAAUUGCUCUGGUUCAUCUGCCUGAGAGCGUAGCAGUGAAAAAGGCCAGGUUCCCCAGGGGCUCUGCUGCCCAGACUGUGCAUCCAGGUAGGCAGUGCUGGAUGGGUGAUGCCUCCUUAGAGAAGCUUCUGGGCAUAAACCUGUGGUGGGAACAUUGCAUCUCCAGAGCAAAACCAGGAAACAGAGAGUGCAGGUUGUGCCAAGGUGAUCCUCAUGAAUCCGGUAUGAUAUGCCAUGCCUGGUACAACAGACACUCCUAGGAUUGGGUUGUGAGGUCAGAAAAUUACUCUUAAAGCUAGUCCUUCAAAUGUAAAGCCAAGCUUUAGACUGGCUUCCUUCAAGUUUUAACAGGCUGACUGUGAUUCAGCAAAACUGUUUAAACGUGUGCUUUAAAGUGAUUGGCCUUAUUGAUGUUUAUUGUUUAAAUAAGUGCUGUUGGAUAUUUUGAGACUGAACCCCAAACAGACACAGUUGUGACCCCCAUUUGAACAGAGGUGGGUUACAGAAGGUACUCAGAGGGCAUUCAUUGUGCUUGAAUGUUUGGUCUGGUCCUGGUCUGAUGUUUCAAGCACCAAGACCUGUGUCAGCACUGUGGGUAGCACAAGUCACAAAUGGGAAUAAUGGCAGUAGAAGUAACAGCGCUCUAAAGUUUAUUAAGCAACAACAUACGAAUAUCUGGGUUGAUGAAGUCCAAUAUGAAAUUAUAAAAAUGAGUGUCAGGUUUCUGAGUGCCUGAGAGCCCAGCAGACAGCCAAAACAGUACAACCAACUACAUCUUUGUCACUAAAGUUUCAACCCAGGAAAGAGAACUCAAGAGCUGAAUUUUGAUCCUUGAGCCUACCAAGUGGAAGGCUGGGUAUUGAUGCCUGGAUACGGAUGCUCUCAAACACUGAGAAACAAAAACUUGAAGUUUUUCAGGCAAUGUGAUGAUCUUGGAGGUAUUUAAAAGGCAAUGUUACACAAACUGUGCACACAAGUGUUUACCUAGCAUUUUAACAUGUAUUCAUCUAGCAUUUUGUACUCAAGGUCUUUUGUAAUGACCCUUGAUGUUCCAUUGGGGUGUUUUUUGACUGUGAUCAGCUGUUGAGCCAUCAUUUUCAAAGAAAGAACAAGUCUUCAGUCUCACUGAAAAAUGUCAGUGCUUUGUAAAAUGCACAUCUCUGUGCAUGAGCAGGCUAUGUGUUUUAAAAUUUGUUUUCAUUAUUUUUAUUUUGUCUGUAUUUUAAUUUCAUCAGCUAUUUAAUUGCCAAGUCUCUCAUUAUUUUAGUCUAACCUGUAUCCUAAAAAAUACUGUGUCUGGUAUAACCUUCAUUGCAGCCCUGCUGCUUCCAACUUUUAAGAAUUGAAACCUUUACAAUUAAACAUUUCUGGAUAUGCAUAUUG